AUGUGUCCAUCUCUCGUCUUCCAUAUUUCUUUCACUAUCUACCCGUCUUGUCUUCAAUAUUUCCUUCGAUGUGUGUCCAUCUUGUCUUCAAUAUUCCCUUCAAUGUGUGUCCAUCUCGUCUUCCAUAUUUCUUUUCACUGUCUACCCGUCUUUGUCUUCAAUAUUUCCUUCGAUGUGUCCAUCUUGUCUUCAAUAUUUCCCCUUCAAUGUGUGUCCAUCUGCCUUCCAUAUUUCUUUCACUGUCUCUACCGUCUUGUCUUUAAUGUGUUUCUUCGAUGUGUCCAUCUUGUGACUUCAAUAUUCCUUCAAUGUGUCCAUCUUCUUCCAUAUUUUUUCACUGUCUACCCGUCUUGUCUUCAAUAUUUCCUUCGAUGUGUGUCCAUCUUGUCUUCAAUAUUCCCUUCACUGUGUCCAUCUCGUCUUCCAUAUUUCUUUCACUGUCUACCCGUCUUGUCUUCAAUAUUUCCUUCGAUAUUAUUGUCCAUCUUGUCUUCAAUAUUCCCUUCAAUGUGUGUCCAUCUCGUCUUCCAUAUUUUCUUUCACUGUCUACCCGUCUUGUCUUCAAUAUUUCCUUCGAUGUGUGUCCAUCUUGUCUUCAAUAUUCCUUCAAUGUGUGUCCAUCUCGUCUUCCAUAUUUCUUUCACUGUCUACCCGUCUUGUCUCUUCAAUAUUUCCUUCGAUGUGUGUCCAUCUUGA